GCAUCUGUUAUGAUUAUUCGAAUUUUUACGCUUCUUUUAUAUCUUUUAUUGAAUGUGAUGUUGGGAAGAUUUUGAAGAAUACUUGCUGUACAGAGGAAUGUCUUAAUAUUAUUUUCUACGCCGUCUUAUAUGAUAAAUAAGAAAUGUUAUCAUGACCUCGACAACUUCGUAUAUCACCCAAGAUGGUCCGGCUAACGCACUGGCCUUAAAUAAAGACAAUUCUCAGGUUGUGAUAGCUGGCAGAAAUGUUUUCAAAAUAUUCACAUUGUUGGAGGACAAGUUUGAGGAAUUUUGUAACUUGCGAGUAGGGAAGAAUUUAAAUUUAAAUUUCUCUUGCAACGAUGUGGCUUGGAAUCUUAUAGAAGAUCAUAUUCUGGCUACCGCAGCCACAAAUGGAGCGGUAGUUGUAUGGAAUUUAAAUCGGCCGUCGAGAUCUAAGCAAGAAUAUGUAUUUGCCGAUCAUAAGCGUACCGUAAAUAAAGUUAGUUUUCAUAUGUCAGAGCCUAUGUGGCUGAUAUCGGGUUCUCAAGAUGGAACGAUGAAAUGUUUCGAUCUCAGAAUAAAAGAAGCAACGAGAACAUUUUACAGUAAUACAGAAUCAGUGCGAGAUGUUCAAUUUUCACCGCAUCAAGCUCACACUUUUGCAGCAGUUUCAGAGAAUGGACACGUUCAAUUGUGGGACCUGCGCAGGUCCGACAGAUAUUUUCAACAUUUCACCGCACACAGUGGACCCAUUUUUGCAUGCGACUGGCAUCCAGAAACUACGUGGCUCGCUACAGCCUCGAGGGAUAAGACCAUAAAAGUAUGGGAUUUGACAGCGAAACCAAGUUGCGACUACACUAUACACACGAUAGCAUCGGUGGGUCGUAUCAAAUGGAGGCCGCAGAGAAAAUAUCACAUUGGAAGUAGCGCUCUCGUUGUUGACUGUAGUAUCAAUGUAUGGGAUAUAAGAAGACCAUACAUUCCUUUUGCUAGUUUUAGCGAACACAAAGAUAUUCCAACUGGAAUAGCUUGGCGAGGUGAUCCACAAUCGUUUCUAUCCACUAGCAGAGAUUGUACUCUGUAUCAUCAUGUAUUUCAAGAUGCCACGAGACCGGCAAGCAGUGCUAAUCCACAAGGCAUCGCAUUAAAUACAAAAGGUGAUAUAGCUUAUGCUUGUAAAACGACGGUUAGUACUCCAACCAGCGUAGAACAAAUUACCAGUAGGAUAAUGAGAAAAACGCCAGUGAGCAAUGAUACAUUUUGUCAAGCCUCAAGUUGGAUGCAUAGAUUUACCGCAUUAACUCCCAAUAGUAGUAGGGAGCUCAAGUGGUUUAAAAUUUGCGCGGAAAAUUAUUUAUUAAACGGAAGAUUAAAUGACGUUUGCGAUCAUAAUUCGAUCGUUGCCAGUAAUGCUGGUAGGAACGAUGUAAGUACAAUAUGGAGCAUUAUUAAGACUUGCUUUGAAAAUCCAUUGGGUAACAAUAAUAAUGCGCCAAGACGUCCAGUGUCCGAACAAGAUGUAGCAAAUACAUUAAAUUUACCUUGCCUAGGUGCAAACAACGAUCAAUCGACACCAGGUAAAAGCUUUGAAAACGAUGUUAAAUCGCUACAAGGCGAAGCGGCACCGGGUGUUGUGAGCGGUGGCGACGACGAAACUGAAACGGACGAGCCUCCGGAGAAUCAAAAUUUCGUCGGACCCUUUCUAUCCAGUUAUAGGAGGUCACUGCCAGGUUACAAGCGCCAGCCGAAGGGCGACUUUUCCUUCGGCGAGGGCGAAUUAGAGCCACUGACCAUCGAAUACAAUAGUGGUUUCAUCGAUAACAUGAACAACGACAACGACUGGUCUCUGCCGAAGGAAGCCUUUCCCUUGAGGCACGAAAUUCAAAAUCGAUCCCCUCCACCCGAACAGUUUCCAAACCACUCGCCGGACAUAAACGACGAUACUCUGUCCAUAAUGGUCGAGGACCAGCCCUGCCAGUUGAUCGUCGCGUCAGUGCCGAAGCCGACAUUCUGGGACCCAACAAGCCUCGUCGAAGACGCCCUCAGGCACCACGCAAACACCAAAGACAUUCAGACAGCAGCUUGUAUUCUUUUGGCGCUCGGCGACAGGCGUAAGGACCUUAACAUUGAAAUGGCCUUACAGGAGCAUUGGCUCUUAGAGUAUUUGGAUAUAUUAGGAAAAUUCAAAUUGUGGGAGGUUGCUACAAGGAUAAUACAGCUAGCUUGGAUCCCAUCGGUAUCUCAACUUAAUCAGCAAUCAACAACAAUACACGCAUGCUGCUCAUCAUGCACGAAGCCUCUUCAUAGAUCGGCUUGGCUGUGCGACCGAUGUCACUCAUCGAAACACGCUCUCUGUUCAAUUUGCCAUCAGGUCGUUCGAGGAGUUUACGCCUGGUGCCAAGGGUGUGCACAUGGUGGACACGUUAAUCACAUGAGCGAAUGGUUCAAUACGAAUAAGCAGUGCCCAACUGGUUGUGGCCAUACCUGUGAAUAUAUCUGAGAUUCCGGUUCUUUCAAUCUUUAAGAGUCUUCAAGAUUCUUCAAGAUUCGUACCUCGAUUUUAAUACACGACAAUUGCACUUUACAAGGAUGCAAUGCAUUAUAUAGUAGGAACGAAAUUAAGUAAAAUUCAAGCGAUGAAAAUUUGCAGCCUUUCGUACUGUUUUCUACACUAAUUCUGUGAUCAAUUAUAUUAUAUGUGUACAUAAUAUAUUAAAUAAUAGUACUUGACAAUGUUUUCUGUCGGGUCAUAAAUAAUAA